UUACUUUCUGUUCAGGGAAAAAGUCGAGACUUCAAAGAGCUCUCGUUUCCCCCUCCGCUCGCGUCACCUGAAAGCCUCAGACAGCCAUGUUGCUCCCAUCGUCUCUGCUGCUUCUUCUUGGACUCUUCACCUGGAGCCCCAGUGCAACAUGGGCCGCUAAAGUGAUUGUGGUCCCACCCAUCAUGUUCGAGUCACACCUCUACAUCUUCAAAACGCUGGCCACAGCGCUACAUCAGGAGGGCCAUGAAAGCCAUUUUUUAGUGUCAGAGGGUCGUGAGGUCCCUCCAUCUCCUCACUACCACUUACAGCACUACCCAGGGAUCUUUAACAGCAGCACAGCUGACAACUUCCUCCAAUCCAAAGUCAGCAACAUCUUCUCAGGUCGCCUGACAUUUCUAGAACUAUUUGACAUUCUCGACCACUACUCUCAGAACUGCGAUGCCGUUGUUGGCAACGUUGAAGUGAUGAACCGCCUGAAGGAAGCCAAGUUCGACCUGCUGCUAGUGGACCCCAAUGAAAUGUGUGGGUUUGUGAUUGCUCACAUCCUGAAUGUGCAAUAUGCUGUGUUCAGCACAGGCUUGUGGUACCCGGCAGAAGUCGGUGCCCCGGCACCAUUAUCAUACGUCCCAGAGUUCAACUCGCUGCUGACAGAUCGCAUGUCUUUAAUGGAAAGGAUUGUGAACACCGCUGUCUACCUGGUGCAGCGGUUUGGAGUCCAUUUCAUCGUGUUGCCCAAAUACGACAGGAUUAUGAAGAAACACGGAGUGACGCCUCAGGUGGCCAUGGCUGACUUGGUGCAGGGGAGCAGGCUGUGGAUGCUGUGCACGGACAUGGCUCUGGAGUUCCCCAGGCCCACCCUUCCACAUGUGGUCUACAUCGGAGGCAUCCUCACUAAGCCCCCCAGCCCCCUACCACAGGAUUUUGAGGCGUGGGUGAACGACACGGCGGAGCAUGGCUUCGUGGUCGUGUCGUUCGGAGCUGGAGUCAAGUACCUCUCACAGGACAUCGCUCAGAAGCUGGCAGGAGCCCUGGGCAGGCUGCCGCAGCGUGUCAUCUGGAGAUUCUCUGGCGUUCCACCCAGUAAUCUCCGCAACAACACCAAGCUUGUGGACUGGAUGCCUCAAAAUGACUUAUUGGGCCACGCUAACACGAGGGCUUUCCUGAGCCACGGAGGCCUGAACAGCAUUUAUGAGGCCAUGUAUCAUGGGGUGCCAGUGGUGGGUGUGCCUCUCUUUGGAGACCAUUACGACACAAUGACGCGUGUUGCUGCCAAAGGGAUGGGUAUCAUGCUGCACUGGAAGUACAUGACGGAGGACGAUCUCUUCGCUGCCCUGAGCAGCGUCAUCAAAGACACCAGGUAUCGCCAGCAAGCACAUCUUCUUUCCAGCAUUCACAAAGACCAGCCUGGCCACCCUGUGACCAGGGCCGCUUACUGGAUCAGCUACAUCCUCCGUCACAAUGGUGCCAACCACCUGCGCUCAAUGGUGUAUGACGUUUCUGUCUAUCAGUACUUCCUACUGGAUGUGAUUUUCACUCUAGCAGUGGCCAUGGCUGUCACAAGCUUUUUGCUGAGUAGGCUGGUACGAUUGCUUAAAGGGAAGCACAGCAGAGGAGGCGCUAGUAGGGACGAUGCUACCUUGACCAAUGGACAUUGCCAUAGUGAGAGCCUUGCCAACGGGAAGCACAAACGCAACGGCUCCUGGAAAAGUGAGAAGAAGCUGAAUUAACGGUUUAACGGCAAAGAGAAGAAGACGUUGCCCCGAGCACUCAUUCACUAGGUUUGUUUCAUCGCUUUAACGAAAGCUUGGAGUAAAAGCUGUUUUUAGGAGGCAACUUCUACUCAGAUCCAGUGUGAGCCUGUAGGAGGAUACACUAUGCAUCGAGUGGGGACAGAGCAAGACAUCAGGUGCUCGAUAUCUGUGUGUAUGUGCGUGCGUAUGUGUUUAGGUGAACGUUUGUGUGUAAUGAGGCAAAUUUAACAAACAAACAAAAAAACGGCAACUACAGCAUGACACUGGAAAGACACAUUACAGGAUGCUGUUUCUGUACGAGCAUCUCGUCUCCCUCUUCUUUGCUGUCUUCCUGCCUUCUUCCCCAAUAGAAGGGCGAUGAAAACAGGGGUCAGGUGGGGGGAGGAUCCUGAGCGCCAACCGUUCAUCCUCAGAACAAAACACAGCAUCCAGCAGCUCCGGAGAUAUUAAGAAUUUAAUGUUUUAAACUGCAAACACUAAGUGUCUGGUAAACUGUAAAUACAAGAUAAAUCUAUUUAUUGCUGCUCUGAAGCUUUUUAAUGACACACCUUUUAAACUUUGUCUUGUUUUUAAUUUAUUUCAUUCAUCAGAGGUGUGACUGUAGAUAAACACUCCCUGCUCUAAACUCACAUGCGUAUGGUUGAUCUCUCUAUAUUUAAAACGAAUACCGAUGGCAAAAGUCAUUCUAAGCG